AUGAUGAUAACUGGACUUCAUACCGUAACUGACAUUUUCUGUGUUGGUUGUGGAUCAAACGUUGGCUGGAAAUACGUGAUUUCCCAUGUUGACAGCCAGAAGUACAAGGAAGGAAAAUCAGUUCUUGAAUUGUUUAAGAUUGUGGGUCCUCAUGAUAGCAACGACUUGGUUUGUCAAGAAAUUUCACAACUUAUGAUUCAAUAA